AGGAAUCUAACACUGCCUCAGCUUAAAUAUCAUUUGUUUGUUGUAUAAUCACGCAAGAAUCCAACGUAACACCUGGUCCAGUCCCAGUCGCAGUCCGAGUCCCAUCCCCUCAUCUUCUAUCAGUCGCCCUGGACAAAUUAGCCGGCACAACUAUAAAUGGCAAGCCGCCACCGGACAAAACUACACUUAUAAGCCACGGCCCACGGACAAGCCGUCCUCCACCCGCGCUCGCCACCACACCAGCAGGAGGCAGAGCGCGCGGGCGGCUGGGACAAGUACACGUUGAUGGCAUCUACCGCCAUCCCGUCCCCGCCGCCUCCGGCAGUGCCGGAGCGGAGAGUGCCGCUGGUGCCGCGGCUGGCGGACGAUGGCGGCGGGGACGGAAGGGGUGACGCGCGAGGGAGUAGCGCGGGAGGUGGCGGGAGCGGGAGCGGCAGCGUGGCGGGCAUCUCGCCGAGCAUCCUCGUCAUCGCAGUCAUCGUGGUGGUGAUGCUGCUCGCGUCGCUGUGCAUCCACUACUUUAUCCGCCACCUCUGCCGCCACGUGGGCCCAGCGGGGUCCUCCUCCUCCUCCUCCUCUUUGUCCCGGCAGGCUCCGCCGCUCCCGCUCGUGGCGCGCCCCGCGGCGGGGGCGUCCGUGGCGCCCGCCGACGGCCAGGGCGGAGGAGGGAAGGCGGCGGCCGCGGCGGAGGCAGAGGCGGAGCGGCUCAUCGCGCGCCUGCCGCAGUUCACGCUGUCCUCGUCGCUGGCCGCCGUGCCCAAGUCGUCGCGCGACUGCGCCGUGUGCCAGACCGCGUUCCGCGACGACGACGGGCUCCGCCUCCUGCCCGCCUGCCGCCACGCCUUCCACUCCCGCUGCGUGGACCCGUGGCUUCGCGCCAACCCGUCCUGCCCGCUGUGCCGCGCCUCCAUCGCGCUGCCCCACCCGCCGCUCACGGACCUCCUCCGUGUGGAGCUCGGCAGCGUCAGCAGCCGCCGCUCCAACCCGGACGCUGCGGCCGCCGCCGUCCGCGCGUACCCGCUCCCCGGUGGCCUCCCCGACUCGGCGUCGUCGGAGUACCUCGUCGAGGAAGAGCUCCAGGUGGUGCUCAAACCGACCCCGCCCGCCGCCGCCGGGUCCAGCGACCCGACAAGCCAGCAGCAGCAACAGCUCGCCGCGGUGGAGCGCGGGCAGCCAACGUCGUCCGUGGGCCUGACCCCUACGGCAUCGUUCAGGUCGACGGCGGAGCGGUGGAGCAGCAGGUGGAGCAACCGGUGGAGCAGCCGGUGGAGCAGCGGGCGCUGGAGCAACCGGUACGACGCUGGGACCGUGACGGCCGCGGCCACGGCGGAGUGGUGGUGGGACAUGGACGGCGGCGUGGCCCCCCCGACGCGGCGGAGGGACGCGGACGACGGCAGCGCGUCGUUCUACGGGUUCGUGCGGUGGCUCACGGGGGCAUACUAGUAAAUACGGCCGUACGGUGCUAGCAUAGUAGCAUCCAUGAAAGCGGUGGACUGCGGCGGCGGCGGCCGGUGUUCCCGAAAGUUCCCUCCUCGUCGUCUUUUCGGCAUGCGAGCUUGCUUUUGUUUCGGUUUUGGGGCCGGCUGGGUGGAUUUCGAGGACGGAGAGGCGGAUUUCAAAACUAGUACGUUCUACUUCCGAAUUGGAGAAUGUCGGCCCGGGAAGAAUGAGGAAUGAAUUUGUGAGACUUGUAGGCGGGUGCACAUCUGUCUCUCGCCCAAUCAAAGAAAAUGGUAGAAAUUCCGGGGGGGAGGGGGAUUUCGCUGCAUUUUUCUUUUGACUUGGUCGAAAUUUGCAGCACGCUGGUGCUCAUCGUUGGCGUAUAUACGUACAAUUUGUAUGCGGUAGCGUGGACCGUCCAUUUUGCAUAUAGUAGCAAAUAAAUUAGCGAAGGUAGGACAUAAUUCGUCAGCCUCCUAUCCUAUCGCCUGGUAUGGUUACCCCAAUUCUCAUGCUACAUCUAUAUAUAUAUACUUUGAUUUGAGAU